UCGGUGGAUGGGCGGUCGGCGGCCGGCACCGGUGGCGGCGGCGGCAUCUUUCGGGCGCCGGUCGUUAGCUGGGGCGCAGGGGAUGAGCCUGUGAGGGCGGAGGAGCGCGGGUGGGGGUGCAGCCCGGCCGGAGCAGAACGAUGUCCCAGCCUCAGCAGCAACAACAACCGCCGCCACCGCCGCCGCCGUCUCCCCAGCAGCAGCCGCAGCCGCCGCCUCCGGCCGCCUCCAAGAAGCGGGACCGGCGCAUCUUCUCGGGCACCUGCCCCGACCCCAAAUGCCAGGCGCGGCUCUUCUUCCCGGCCCACGGGCCGCAGAGCGGCGGCAGCAUCGAGUGCACGGACUGCGGGCAGCGCCACGAGCAGCGGCAGCUGCUGGCCGUGGAGGAGGUGACGGACCCCGACCUGGUGCUGCACAACCUCCUGCGAAACGCGCUGCUGGGCGUCAGCGGUGCUGGGCCGCCCCGCAGGAACACCGAGCUCGUUAAAGUCAUGGGCCUCUCCAACUACCACUGCAAGCUCCUGGCCCCCAUCCUGGCCCGCUACGGUAUGGACAAGCAGACUGGUAAAGCCAAGCUCCUGACAGAGAUGAACCAGGGAGACAUCUUUGACUGCUCCCUCCUGGGUGACCGCGCCUUCCUCAUUGAGCCAGAGCAUGUUGAGACCAUUGGUUACGGAAAGGACCGCUCUGGCAGCCUCAUCUACUUGCACGACACCCUGGAAGACAUCAAGAAGGCCAACAACAGUCAGGAGUGCCUCAUUCCUGUCCAUGUGGAUGGAGAUGGCCACUGCCUUGUCCAUGCUGUCUCACGGGCACUUGUUGGCAGGGAACUGUUCUGGCAUGCUCUGCGAGAGAAUCUAAAGAAGCAUUUUGAAGAGAAUCUAAGUCACUACAAGGCGCUUUUCCAUGACUUUAUUGAUGCAGUGGAGUGGGAGGACAUUAUCAAUGAGUGUGACCCUUUGUUUGUUCCUCCAGAAGGUGUGCCAAUGGGCCUUAGGAAUAUUCACAUCUUUGGUCUGGCCAAUGUUCUUCACCGGCCUAUCAUCCUAUUGGACUCUUUGAGUGGAAUGCGAAGCUCUGGAGAUUAUUCAGCAACGUUCCUCCCUGGUCUGAUACCCCUAGAAAAAUGCAUGGGAAAAGAUGGGAUGUUGAACAAGCCAAUCUGCAUUGCAUGGAGUAGCUCAGGACGCAACCAUUAUAUUCCUCUAGUUGGAAUAAAAGGUGCUGCUUUACCUAAACUGCCUAGGAAGCUACUUCCGAAAGCCUGGGGAGUUCCUCAAGACCUCAUAAAAAAGUAUAUCAAGUUAGAGGAGGACGGUGGCUGUAUUAUUGGAGGAGACAGAAGUUUGCAAGAUAAGUACUUGAUGAGGCUUGUUGCUGCAAUGGAGGAGGUUUUCAUGAGUAAACAUGGUAUUCAUCCCAGUCUUGUAGCUGAUGUACAUCAGUAUUUCUACAGGAGGACUGGUGUCAUAGGAGUCCAGCCUGAAGAAGUCACUGCAGCUGCCAAAAAAGCAGUGAUGGACAGCCGCCUGCACAGAUGCCUCAUCUGCGGGGCUCUUUCAGAGCAUCACGUUCCUCCAGAGUGGCUGGCUCCUGGGGGGAAGCUAUACAACCUGGCAAAAAGCACUCAUGGCCAGCUAAGGCCUGACAAAAACUACAGUUUUCCCCUGAACAAUUUGGUGUGUUCUUACAACCCCACAAAGGAUGUGCUGGUACCAGACUAUAGCCUGAGUAGUUUGACUGCUUGUAACUGGUGUCAUAGCAACUUAGUGCGUCGUGUCAGAGAGGAUGGAUCUGUCUCAUAUUUGGAUGGAGAUAGAACUAAUACUAGGUCUCCAGGUGGCAAGUGUGGCUGUGGAUUCAAGCACUACUGGGAAGGUAAAGAAUAUGAUAAUCUUCCUGAAGCUUUUCCUAUUACUCUUGAGUGGGGUGGAAGAGUGGUGAGAGAGACAGUCUACUGGUUCCAGUAUGAAAGUGACACAUCUCUGAACAGCAAUGUGUAUGACGUUGCCAUGAAACUUGUUACCAAGCAUUUUCCUGGUGAAUUUGGUAGUGAGAUUCUUGUCCAGAAAGUUGUCAACACAAUAUUGCAUCAAACAGCCAAAAAGAACCCUGAUGAUUAUACCCCUGUAAAUAUUGAUGGUGCUCACGCCCAAAGAGCUGAUGAUGUACAGCAAGCACAAGAGUUAGAGUCGCAACUUCCAACCAAAAUUAUUCUGACCGGACAGAAGACAAAAACUUUGCACAAGGAGGAGCUGAAUAUGAGCAAAGCUGAAAGAACUAUUCAGCAGAACAUUGCAGACCAGGCUUCCGUAAUGCAAAAACGGAAAAGUGAAAAACUGAAACAAGAGCAUAAAGGGCAACCUAGGACUGCUUCUCCCGGCACGGUUCGUGAUGGGCCAUCAUCUGCACCUGCCACACCAACAAAAACCCCAUAUUCUCCAACAUCUACAAAAGAAAAGAAAAUUCGAAUAACCACAAAUGAUGGGAGGCAGUCAAUGCUCACCCUGAAGUGCACUACCACCUUCUUGGAACUACAGGAAAGCAUAGCUAGAGAAUUUAAUAUUCCUCCGUAUUUGCAGUGUAUUCGCUAUGGCUUUCCUCCUAAAGAGCUUCUGCCUCCCAAAGAGGGCAUGGAAAAUGAGCCUGUUCCUUUGCAGCAUGGUGACAGGAUUGCAAUAGAAAUCCUGAAAGGUAAAGAGGAAGGCAGACAGUCUGCUUCAGCACACUCGGCCCAUACCGUGAAGCAUGAAGACAUCGGUGUGACGAGUAAAAUCUCAUCGAAGGAACUGCAAGAGCAAGUCGAUAAGGAGAUGUAUUCUCUCUGUCUUCUAGCAACACUAAUGGGAGAAGAUGUUUGGUCUUACGCAAAGGGGCUUCCUCAAUUGUUUCAGCAAGGUGGCGUAUUCUACAGCAUAAUGAAGAAAACCACGGGUUUGGCUGAUGGCAAACAUUGUACUUUUCCACAUCUGCCUGGUAAGAGCUUUGUGUACAAUGCAGCAGAAGACAGAUUAGAGCUGUGUGUAGAUGCUGCUGGGCACUUUCCUAUCGGUCCCGAUGUUGAAGAGUUGGUUAAAGAGGCCCUAAGUCAAGUGCGAGCAGAAGCGACUUCAAGAAGCAGAGAAGCAAGUCCUUCACAUGGAAUGCUGAAGCUGGGUAGUGGUGGAGUAGUGAAAAAGAAAUCCGAACAACUACAUAAUGUAACUGCAUUUCAAGGAAAGGGCCAUUCCUUAGGAACUGCAUCUAGUAGUCAACAACAUGAUCAAAGAGCCAGGGAAACACCACUUCUAAGAAAGCAUAGCACAGAAACGGACUUCAGUCCUUCUGCUAAAAUUGAGCCUUCUGUAUUCACAGCUGCUUCUGGUAACAGUGAGCUUAUCCGAAUUGCUCCGGGAGUUGUCACAAUGAGAGACAGCAGGCAGCUUGACCCCACUUUGAUUGAGGCACAGAGAAAAAAGUUGCAGGAAAUGGUCUCUUCUAUUCAGGCUUCAAUGGAUAGACAUUUGCGGGAUCAGAAUACAGAGCAGUCAGCUUCAGUUGAUGUAUCUCAAAGAAAAGUAGAGGCAGUGAGUUCAACUGCUAAAACUGGGAGCUUUCAGGCUGGCUUACCCGAAUCGUUUUCUGCACCAGGUGGUACUGAACACUUGAAUACUGAAUCGACUGAUGGUAACAUGGUGAAUUCUGUGGGAACGACUUUUCCUGCAAGGUCUAAAGCACAAAAGGGAAAUUCUGUUGAGGAGCUUGAGGAGAUGGAUAGUCAAGAUGCAGGAAUCACUAAUGCAACUGAGCCAAUGGAUCACUCUUGAUAGGUUAAAAUCUAAUAAGGGUAGAAGAAAUUACUGUUCAAAUGUUGUAAUGUUUAUUGGCUGGGCCACACAAAGUGAUUAGUUAUUAAAACUUGUAUGUAUGUCAAAGAUUAUAUCAUCUUAUUCAGUGCAUGAUAAGCGUGUGAUUGGCAAUAGCUUUCAAUAUUACCAUACUGCUGCCCAGGCUGGCUCUUUUACCUGUAAAUUAGUUAUUAGGAAAUGCACUGAGAUGACUAUCUGCUGUAAAUGUGGGUUCUUGAAAAUUCUUUGUCAUUUUUAAUUUCUUAAAAGUCUUAAAAUCCAAGUCCAUGCAAGGUUCUUACCAUGCUAGUUUAAGGUUACUGGAAAGGCUAGAACAGUCAAAACUAGAAAUAUGACCAAGUUAGUCCUGUCCCAGGUACUUAAUUCCACUGAAAAAUACACUGUAAGCAUGAAUCAUACAUAAAUUUAAAAAAGCAACUGAAACUAAACUUCUGCUAAAUUUGAUAAUGCAGCAUAUACAAUAGUUUUAACUACAUUGUGCUGGCACUUCCUCAGAUUUUAAAACUUUUUCUUUCAUUCAGCUCUACAUGCUUAUCAGAAAUCUUGGAGUAAGUGUAACUUAAGGAAGCUCUCUAAUUUCUGCAUAUUGCCAGUUUAAACGAGCUAGAAAAAAAUGGCUACUUUAUAUGAUGAAGUUGAAGUGAAUAUGGUGUGGUUGUGCAUGGCUAUAUGAGCCAACACAAUCAUUUUGGUGGCCUGUUAGCAAGUGAUAGCAUGUUUUUAUUUCCUAGCUGGUCAGAUGUUGCACAAUUGCAAGAAGCAAAUGUUAAAUGGCAAAUGCAUGUCCUUUACAAAACUUUUGAUUAUUGGCAUUGGUUAGUAAUGGGAAAUAUUAAAUAGCAACUGUCUUUUUCAGAGCAAAUUAGCAAUUUAGUUGGAUGGAAGUAACUCUAACAUACAUUAUCCUAAAGUGUUCAGUGAUAAUCGAGCUUUUGGAAGCUCACUGUUUACUCCGUGGAAACAAGGAAUACAUGCUGUUUCAGGUAUAAAGACUACCCACCUCUAUUAGCCUCACUUUAGUUUGUGAUGCAGAUAUCCCUGCAUCGGUGAUAAUAUAGCUUGUAUCCACUUAAUUAGCAUGUUCAUCAGACCUGCAGUGCUAGUUCUUAAAAAGCAUCCACUGGGCUUGUAACCCUAAGGAUAGAACGUCUAUCUGAUACUGCACUUUGCUUCCAAUCUUCAUAGUCAUAUUUAAAUGCACUGUUGUUGCUUCCUCUAAUGGUAAAAUAACAUUAAAUGGAUCAAAGAUGUUAAUACAGCUUCAAAGGAAUUAAGAGCAUUUAAGUAUUGAAGUCUGUGUUUGUGCACAUGUGGGUUUUUACCAGUUCACAAAUGUUGUUUGUAUUGUAUAUGUUUGUAUUCAGGGUAGUCUCCUGACUUUUUACAUUUCUAAUCACUUUAGCAGUUCUAAGCAUUAGUAUGAUAAAAUAUCCCACAGGGGAGUAUUUAUUUUUGUAUGUAAAAAUUGCCCAAAGCAAAUCACUUAAAAGAAUAGCCCCAGUUUUGUCAAAGUAAAUUAAAAUGCCUACAUUUAACUUUUUAUGUAGAGGGAAUAACUACUUCAUGAUUUCUUACGCUACUUAUAUGUAGAAAAUACCAAUCACCUUUUCACAAACAAGUGCAAAUUUUUAAGAUCUCAAAUUGCUCACCUGUAAAUUAGCAGUUAGGAAGCUUGGAAUGUAUGAAGUAAUUUGGCUUACCAGAACUGACCUUGCUGAUGCACUGAUUAACUGACAGGGCUUAUUCAGUGAGAAACAGGAUGCACAUGCAGCAGCUGGAAGCCUGCCAUGACUUCUGAAAACAUUUGGUCUCCCAUGAAUCACUCUAGCUGUCUGAAGGCUACUUCUCUAUAUAGAAACCGUUGAGUAGGGGAUUGUGCUUUGUCACACUGUGUUUAGAAAAGUAUAGCAGUGAUGUGUUCCUUGGAAGGAGUUUUUAAGUCAUGAGAGGCUGAGGGGGAGGAAUCUCCUGGAUCCUUUGCAUUUUAGACAAGAUGACUAUCACUUAGACAUUUGUAACCUUUUGCUUGGAAAAAGAACUCUUCCUUGGCUGAAAAAAAGAUAUGGGUGCUGUAUAUGAAAGAAAUUGAAGUUUGAAAUCAGUUGGGAUAUUUAUUGCACAUCAUCUGUAUUUCAAGAGAAGAUGCUUUCUUCUUUCAUGCCUUUCUGGUAAAACUACAGAAGUUUGUGUGCCUUUUACUGUGUAAAGAAGAUUUGGUUUAAUUUUGAUACACUUUCCAUUUCAUCCGUAAUUCACUUUUUUUCAUAUCUAAAUAGAAAUAGAGACAGAUAAUAGCUCUGUUUGACUCACCCUUAGUGUCAUUUUGGGUCCAUUCAAAUAAUGUAGAUCAGAACUCUCUAGUUCCUACAACUAAGUAGGAAUGGUAAAAUGGUGUCAAAAUUAUAAGAGCUUAUGGUGUGAGUUCCUGUGCUGUAAAGCAGGAUUGUGCAUAUUUCUUUGCAGUGUUCUUAUCUCAUGUAGCUUUCUCAUGCAUUUAAAUAUAGUGUUUUUGAGAAAGAUAGCUUUUGGUACACUCAAGUGAAGUUCAACGUCAUCUACGUGCCAGUGAGAUGUGUAACUGUACAGGAGAAGUGAAAUGAACACUGAAGUUUAAGUUUGAACAGAUGUUUCACCUGAUUGCUAGCAGCGGGUGCAAAUGUAAGUGUGCUUGUCUUAGAGCACACAUAUGCUUGUUAGAUUUCACUGUUAGAAUCAGGAAAAUGCUGGUGGGGUACAAGGGCAGGGAGGAUGACUUGUGGAUGUGAAGCCAUGUCAAUAGGACUUCUCAAAUGGCAUGAGAGUGUUCCUUUCUCAAAAAACCCUAACCCAAACUACUUGCUACUGAAUUGUCUGUGGACAGAAGCUGUGGUUCUAAAUUCUUUUUGAGUACCUGCUAUGAUUACCUUCUUGUCUUGGGGCCAACCACCUUCUACACACUGUCUCACGGCAAAGAAGACUUAAAUUAUUUUAAAAUCCUAAACUGUAAUGUGGCUUAGUAUGUGUAACCUAAAUGAAAGAUGAUUGCUGAAAGUAUAGGACAACUAAAAAAAAGAAAAAAGAGAAUGAACAGACUGCUGAUGAGCAAAUGGGAAAUCCCAGGAGAACAGGUCGAUUUUCCUGGCAAAUUCAAGAUUUUGGCUUAUUUCAGUGGCUUCCUGCUUAGUAAGGCUGACUCUUUGGUACUGCAGUUUCUCUGAAUUGUUUGCAUUUCAGUGAAGCAAAAUAAAUAGCUGCUUUUCAAAUGAAAUUGCAUAAAUAGAUUUGGGAUGUCUUUGGUGUUUGAGUCACAAACCAGCAAUAUAUAUGUUGUUGAGUUUGUGAAUCCCGUGCAGUUUACUAGUCUUCUGAUAGCUACAAAAUGUUAGCUAGAUGUUUCCUCUGACAGAACACUGUAGCGGCAUUGUGGAGGCACAGUGCCACAAGGCUCUAUGCUGGCAACUCUGUACACAUGCAUACCUUCAAGACCAAAAUGCUUAAUUUUCAAUCUUCCAAAAAGUAGACUAUUGUUGCUGUCACAAGGUUAGCAGAGUUGCUUGCUACUCUUUCCAUGCACUGAGAAAUGCCGGGUAAUAAAAUUCAUAGUGUGCUUACAAUUGGGAGAGCAGUGCUUGAUCUGAAAUGUAUGAAAAAGGAAUGAUUUAAGAAGAUGCCACUGUUAUCUCUAUGUUUUUUUGCCUCCCAUUUCCAAAUAGCUGGAUCUACGUACUUUUGUAAAAUAAUAAUGAUAAUAAUAAUACGAGGUUGAUCCUUUUGUUAAAAACAACAGUAAGUGAUUUCUUUGUUUUGCUUGGGGAUAUCAGUUUAGUUUCUUAAAACUGAAGAAGUUGCAUAAGAUCUUUAGAAUGCAGGAUUCCCUCUGAGCCCUUAUGCCUGGGGUUGAGCAAUAAAAGGUUGAAACAAGAGCGGUGUUUUCAGAAUUAUUUACAUUUCAUGAGGAGUAUUGCCAAGGAAGUGUGCACUUUUAGGAGGGAAUGCUAUUUAAAAUGUAUAAAUAAGAAUUAAAAUAGUGUAUAUAUUUAGAAAACAAAUCUUUUUAAACAGUAAGUGCUUUACAUGUUGAAUUAAAAAUAAAUUAGCUUAGAAAUUACCAUCUUCACAGUACUGGCUGUUGUCCAGCACAGUUUGGUUUGUUUUGUGAUUGCUGUACUAAUUAUAUUUGAUUUUUUUUUAUCUGUAAUGUAACAAUAGUGUAUUAUAACAGUAUAUAGUGUACUAUAUUACACUUCACUGUACAGUAUUUGGAAUUUUCUUUGAUUGCUAUAUUAAAACUAUAAGUUAAAACAUCUGCUUUGGUUUUACAAGGUCCAACUUUUAUCUAGCCUUUCACACAUUAGCCUGUUUAAAUAACACCAAUUUGACUACAAAAUGAACGAGUUGUAAUUAUAUUAACUUCUGUGUUCUACAUAUAAAUUGCAUUAUACUUGCAUACAUGAAUACUAAUAUAGAAGUUGAAGAACUGGUAUGAAUAUUAGAAAAGUAAACUCUUGCCUGUUUUUCUUUAGUUAUAUUUCUGUUUGGAAGAAACUUCUUUGAAAGAAAAACUUCAUUAAAAAGGUUGGGUUUUUUUAACUUGUUCUGAAUGUUUCAUUAAUCACAUAGACCUUUGAAUCAGAAAUUUUAAAAAUAGAGAUAUUUUUAUAUAUUAGAGACCGAGACCCGAGACAUGAAGUUGUCACCAAGAAAGUGUAGAAAAAGGCUGACCAAGUGAUAUGUGACCUUUUAGGUAUCUUGCAAUCUGAGGAUUAAAACAUUGAUCGAAAGAUAUUUCAAAGCAAAAUAUUUUGCACGUAUGUAAUAUACAACUAUGAAUAGUAUAUUGUGGAAGAACUAGACUUUUGAAAAUUUGGCACUAUUCAAAGAUGAACAUAUUGACAAGUACUUAAAUUAUUUCUGUGCCUUUUCCACCAGCUAUGUGUAGUAGUUAAUUUCAAAAAUUGCCUGUAAUGGUAACUUUAUGCCUAGAAAAGAAUUCAUAGAAUCCAUCUGCAAAACUCUGUUAUUUCUUUCUGUAUUUAUUGAAAGGCUCUAAUUCAAAGUGUGCUAGCAUUAAAACAUUCUUUAAAAUGA